GACUCUUCCUCGACUCAUCCUCGAUAUUCAAGUGGCGGAUGCGGCCAAGAUAGCCCAAGGACAUGCUCACGUACCUCCAAGUGCAUGUAUAUUACAAUGUGCCGCCAUUGAUUUUGCUGUUCUUGUUGCAUCGACCGCUUGCAACAAGCCGCGACUGGCGCAAGUACCUCUUUCUAUGCGUCAUUGCCGUUCUCUACACUACUCCUUGGGAUAAUUGGAUCAUUUACAACAAGGCAUGGACAUAUUGCCCGUCAUGUGUGAUGGGUACAUUGGGUCUAGUACCUGUCGAGGAAUACCUCUUCUUUGUCGUGCAGACCCUCUUGACGUGCCAACUGCACUCGCUCUUGACCAAAACUAUGGCAGGACUUCCAGCUGUCAGCAUAUCUCCCAACAAAAAAGCACCGUUGCUGAGUACUAGCCUUGCGGUCGCCUGGCUUGCAAUGGGUGCGGCAGCUAUAUCUUACGCCGACCCAUCCAGAAAGACCUUUUACUUGGCUGCCAUUAUCGCCUGGACUGCUCCCGUACUGUGCUUUCUCUUCACUAUUUCAGCUAUACAGACGAGCUUCUUACAAAAACGAUGGGCUCCGAGCCUCCUUGCAAUUGCUCUGCCGACUCUCUAUCUAUGUAUUAUUGACAGUAUCGCCAUUCGAGCCGGUACCUGGCAUAUCACCGAGCGCACGUCUCUCGAAAUCUUCCUCUGGAAAGGUCUACCCAUUGAAGAAGCCAUCUUCUUCUUUGUAACCAAUCUGAUGGUCGUGCUCGGCUGUACAGGUUUUGAUCUCGCUAGUGCAAUUGUUAGCACGUACGACAAGACUGAAACCUUUUCUUUCCUGUCGCUCUGCUACGCUCUACUUUGCCCUCGCAACGAAAACGUUGUUCGAGACCUCCGGGCAUGUGUUGAAAUCUUGCAAGCAGGCAGUGCUAGCUUCUACAACUCGAGCUUUUUCUUCGACGAGGACAUACGCCGGGAUUUGGUGGUUCUAUACGCAUUCUGUCGCUUUACAGAUGACGUUGCCGAUGACGCCUCCGAGCCACUCGAGAAGCGCAAGGCCAAGUUGGAUGAGACGCGCGUCUUUAUCCAAACAGAGUUUCCUACGAGGCUCAUGCUGCCAAUGGCACUGCCAAAGUCUGAAAAGGCAAUUUGUCUCUAUGACCAUCCAGUUUACAGGACAAUGCUACGGUAUAUUGCAAACAAGCUGCCACAAGAACCGCUGCUUGAGCUGCUCGACGGUUACGAAUGGGAUCUUCUUCUCGAUACCGAUAGAAGCAAGCAGAUGCAGUCCGAGGAGGACGUCAUACGGUAUUCCAGUUUUGUAGCCAGCAGUGUGGCCGAGAUGUGUAUCUGCUUGCUCGACAAAUCUGCUUCCGCGGACGUGCUCAAGUCUGCACGCAAAAUGGGCGUUGUCCUUCAAUUGACCAAUAUUGCACGCGAUAUACUCACGGAUGCAAUCAAUGGUCGAGUGUACCUUCCACAGGCGUGGCUGACAGAGGAAGACCGGAAAAUGCUGCUUCACGUGGCUAAGGAUCAUGACAUUACGAGCAUAGAGGAAGACCCACGGAUAAUGGCCCUGCAUCUGGAACGAUAUGCUCUGCGAUUGCUAAGCCUCGCCGAUGAAAUGUACGCCGAGAGUACAGGCAAGAUUGACGCUCUGCCUGAACAGGUCCAGCGGGGUUUGCGCAUUGUCACUGAUGGCUACUACGCUAUCGGCAGACAACUGCGCUCGACUUGCAAUCACGGUCGCUAUCCACGACGAGCAAAGCUUUCGAAAUGGAAUCGCUUGCUUAUCACUUUCAAACACUUGUACUGUCCAACCGAAGGAGAAGCACUGAUUCUCGGUGGCUGUCUACUCAGAUUCGUACUCUUGCUCUACGGUGCAUGGCAAGACUCUCUCGGUGUAAGCGUCACUUUCACCGACAUUGACUACAAGGUCUUUUCUGAUGCUGCUCAUUUCGUGCAGCAAGGUGGAUCGCCCUAUGAGCGCGCCACAUAUCGAUAUACGCCAUUACUGGCCUGGCUGCUCAUUCCAAACGACUACUUCGAGCCUUUUGGGAAGUGUCUGUUUGCCGCUGGUGACAUUCUUACCGGCUGGCUCAUCAUCAGGCUUUUGAGAAGGCGGCAACAAAACAUUCGCUUUGCAGCCAUUUGGCUCCUCAACCCUAUGGUUGCUGUCAUUUCCACUCGUGGCAAUUGCGAAGCCUUGUUGGGCGCUAUGGCUGUAGGCUUGUUGUACGCUGUCGAGGUAGGCCAGAUUGCGCUUGCCGGGGUCAUUCUCGGCGCUGCUGUGCAUUUCAAGGUCUAUCCAAUUCUAUACGCUCCGGCCGUGGUCUGGCACUUGGAAACGCCUGGCCACUCAACCAGCCUCUUGUCGUUCAUCAACAGGAAAAGAGUCACUUUCGCCUUUUGGAGUGCUCUGACCUUUUUGGCACUCUCAGCAAGCAUGUUUUCCAUGUACGGCUGGCCAUUUGUCGAGCACACAUUUGCCUACCACGUCUCACGAUCUGAUCAUCGGCACAACUUUUCAGUCUACCACCUCUUCAUCUACUUGACUGCACAACAGCCAAAGUCGGCUGGUAUUCCAUGGACACUGCUGGCCUUUUUGCCGCAGCUUGUCCUAUCUCUUGUCGUUCUGCCUCUACGCUUCAGUAAGCGUCACUUGACAGGCACUUUCAUGGCCCAGACAUUCUGUUUCGUGGCUUUCAACAAGGUUGUCACGUCACAGUACUUUAUGUGGUAUCUGGUCUUUCUACCGCUGACCUUACCAGGAUCGCAACUUUUGUCAUGGCGAAAGGGCGGCGUGAUGCUCUUCAGCUGGAUUGCUGCACAAGCGUGUUGGCUUGGUGCUGCGUUUCAAUUCGAGAUGCAAGGCAAAGCAACGUUCGAAGCAAUGGCGAUCAGCUCUGGUGUCUUCUUCCUGGUGAAUAUGUGGAUACUCGGUGAGAUGUGUAAAGAGAUGGCAUGAGAUCUUCAAGUAUCAGUGCUCAGCUGCAGGUUGCGUUGACAGUAGAUUUACCCUAUUCAGAUGGGUAGAAUGAAUUUCAUCUCCUUGAUAUUCUUGCGAGAGUCCUUGCCUCUGCGCUUA